CGAACCAUGGAACCCGGACAACCCCGGGAGGUCCGUGAACCCGGACCCGGGGCAGAAACCUCUGAGGCGCCGCGCUGGGAGGAGGCCAAGACUUUCUAUGACAAUCUCUCGCCCAAGAAGAAACCCAAAUCGCCAAAGCCUCAGAAUGCGGUCACCAUCGCUGUGUCCUCCAGAGCCUUGUUUCGCAUGGACGAGGAGCAGAGGAUCUACACAGAGCAGGGGGUGGAGGAGUACGUGCGGUACCAGCUGGAACACGAGAAUGAGCCCUUCAGCCCCGGGCCAGCCUUCCCCUUUGUGAAGGCCCUGGAGGCUGUGAACAAGCGGCUUCGGGAGCUGUAUCCCGAUAGCGAAGAUGUUUUUGACAUUGUCCUCAUGACCAACAACCAUGCUCAAGUGGGAGUCCGUCUCAUCAACAGUAUCAACCACUAUGACCUCUUCAUUGAGCGAUUCUGCAUGACAGGUGGGAACAGCCCCAUCUGCUACCUCAAGGCCUAUCACACCAACCUCUACCUGUCAGCUGAUGCGGAAAAAGUGCGAGAAGCCAUUGAUGAGGGGAUUGCCGCUGCCACCAUCUUCAGCCCCAGCAGGGAUGUGGUUGUGUCCCAGAGUCAGCUCCGCGUGGCCUUCGAUGGGGACGCUGUGCUCUUUUCUGACGAGUCAGAGCGCAUUUUCAAGGCCCAUGGACUGGACAGAUUCUUCGAGCAUGAGAAGGCCCAUGAGAACAAACCUUUGGCGCAGGGCCCCCUAAAAGGCUUUCUGGAAGCACUCGGUAGACUGCAGAAGAAAUUCUAUUCCAAAGGCCUGCGGCUGGAGUGCCCGAUUCGUACUUACCUGGUGACAGCGCGCAGUGCGGCCAGUUCUGGGGCUCGGGCCCUCAAGACCCUGCGAAGCUGGGGCCUGGAGACGGAUGAGGCCUUAUUCCUAGCUGGAGCACCCAAGGGCCCCCUUCUUGAGAAGAUCCGCCCACACAUCUUCUUUGAUGACCAGAUGUUUCAUGUGGCUGGGGCACAGGAGAUGGGCACAGUGGCUGCCCAUGUGCCUUACGGCGUGGCCCAGACACCCCAGCGGGCGGCUGUGGCUAAGCAGACUCUAGGUUCACAGUAGUAGGGUCACCUCGCUGUAGGCUCCCUGACAUACUUCCGAACCUCAUCUGGUGACCUUUCCUGGCGCCUCACUGUCCACCAUCCUGCCUGUUGCCCUCUUCCCUUUGCUCAGAUACUCCAAGGAAUUUAGGAAGUCGGGGCCAGCAUUCUCACAGUCCCUGCUGGGCAAACACUGCCAUGAUCCUGGCAAGGAAAACAUGACUCGGCAGGGUAGUUUAGAUGCCGUGGAGAAAUUGGUAGGACCGAGAGCGGCACAGUCAGAGAAGCCAGGAUGCCAAAGGGCUUGGGAUGAAAACUGUCACAUGUAGUGUGAAGAGCAUUGUGCAGGAGAGGGUGGAUUAAGGCAUGGACUGCAUGACUUAAGUCCCUCUUUUUUGUAAGCCUCAGUUUACCCCCCUUUUAGGUGAUUUCCAAGCUGUCCUUUAGUCAAAGCUUGGAUGAUGCCCUAAAUGGAUCCUCCUGUGCCGGGGCUGCUGGUUCCUAUGGCACCUGUGUAGAUUACAAGAUAACACUCUGUCUAGGUGAAUGAAUGACAAAAAUGAUGGCCCUUCCGCUGGCUCAAUCCUGGCCAUAAGCUAGAUUCCAGACCUUCGCUCCUCAGCCCUUUAGCCCAUCAGAUGGAAAAUACGCACAGCCCUGUCCAUAUCUCGCCAUGUUUGGGAACUACUGCACAGGGUGACCUGUUGUUUCCUGUGACUUGCUAACCUGAGCUAACCCGACUGUCGGUUGCCAGCUGAAAGAAAUGUUGGGAGUGGAAAGUAAUGAUGGGAGGAAUGUACCCUACAUGCAAAUUUUCCUCUAGCCAGCAGGGGGCACUGCAGGCUCCUUCUGGAUUGUGCUUUAGUGGCUUAACAACUGGGUGGGGGGGGGGCGGUUCUUUGCUUUCAGUUUUUAGGCAAAGUUCAGCAGUUCUGCCUGCCAAGCUCCUUACCUCAGUUCUGGGUCUACCAGUCACUACCACCUACCAUGCUGUAAGGAAGGUUUCCCAGCAACAAAAGAGCACUCCAGCCCCAAAUAUGGAGAAACCACAGGCUCUGAGUGAGUGAUUGUCCAGGCUGAGUCUGAGGGCAAGCUGCUGCAGGGAGACCGAGAAGUGUCAGGUCUGAUCUUAUCUGAACACAAAGACACUAAGGACGUGAGGCUUAGAGAGGGAUGCGCUGAACGUGUACCAGCCUGAUGCUGCUGUGGAGAAGGAAAAGCCAGUCAGAGAUACCCUGGGGGUGAUGAGCUGUCCCUGGGGUGUGGUACAAAGGACUCUGGGAUGAACCAGCCCCCUGAGAGGUACCAGUGAUGACUCCACCUUUGCAUGAAACCAGGCAGCCCUGUCUUCUCCACAUGAUGAGCGAUGGUCACCUCCUCCUUUGCUAAGCAGCCCUGGCACUCAGAGGAAGGGUGGAAGAGUGGAUGCUUGGUCCCCUAAGAAGAUGAAAAGGGAGGGGCAAGCAGACAUGUAUUUGUGCACUGAUUGCCUGGCUCCCACAAAGAUUUCAGCAAUGGGGAAACCCAAAGCAUCAUCAGAGGGCCAGGAGAGGGCCUGGAAAUGGACAGAAGGGCAACCAGAGACUCUAACCUCUGCCUUUCUAGGCAUUUGACUCAGGAUCUGAACAAGAACAUGUUCUGGGCAGUGUGUCUCAGGGUAGCAGCUGCAGGAAGGAGCAUGAAGAAGGCUCAGGAGCUCCUGGAAAUGAGAACAAGCUUGGGCCAAACGAGAAACACGGGGUUGAGUGUGCAUCUGUGUCUGCAGCAUGUGGACACGGUUCCUGUCUGUGUCUGCAGCAUGUGGACGCAGUUCCCGUCUGUGUCUGCAGCAUGUAGACGCGGUUCCUGUCUGUACCUGCAGCAUGUCUGCAGCAUGCGGACACAGUUCCCAUCUGUGCAGCAUGCAGAUGCAGUUCCCAUCUGUGCAGCAUACAGACGUAGUUCCAGUCUGGGUCUGCAGCAUGCGGACGCAGUUCCUGUCUGUGCAGCAUGCAGAUGUGGUUCCCGUCUGUGCAGCAUGCAGACGUGGUUCCCGUCUGUGUUACACGCGGACAUUGUUCCUGGAAAGUGGUGAUACACAUGAGACAGACAGAGCUGCUUUAUGGAGCCACUGGCAUUACCGCACCCGGGAGGGCACAAAGCAAAGGUGUUUUUGCACAGGGUCAUUUUCAUCAUUAUAGCCAGGACCCUUCCUGCCAGCAGAGGAGGCCUGGGGUAGAACAAAGUCUGUAAGGGGCUUCCUCCCCUAGUGGGUCUCCACGACAGACCAGAGAUGCUGUGCAACCUAAAAACAGCUGCCAGGGAAUGAAAGGGGGGGGGUGAGAGAGGAAGCUCAGCCACGGGGCACUUUCUGCCUUCCUUAGAUCAUACAGUAGCCUUCUGCCGUGAGGCCAUCGUCACCCUCUUGAAGGGUCCCUUCCUCAAGGCUCAGUCAGUGGUCACAAGAAACUUGUAGAGAUGUGCAGAAUGCAGGCUCACAGAGUGUCCUUAGGGUGCCCAGUCAGAAAGACUGGGCUGAAGACAGCAUCAGAUGUGCUGGGAUGCAGGAGGCUUAGUAGCCAGGGCCUGGUCAUGAAUACGGCAAACCCUUCCAGGUUUCUCAGGAAACAGGAAUAGUACCAUCCCAGAAGCAAGGAGAUAAGGUGCAGUAAAAAGCUGCGGAUUUCACUGGAGACACCAUGAAUACAGACAGCCUUGGGCAGCGCAGAAAGGUCCAAAUUCUAUUACUGAAACCAAAAUUGAGCAUCUCAAGCCUGGACAAAAGCUUCUGGAGCUGGACUAAAAGGCCAGAAGUCCAGGAGGCAGGCUCCAGCUGCAGCCGCACAGUCCUCCUGAUGGACUCGAGGGCUGAAGAGGAGCCUGGCAGCAUGAAGCAUUGUUUAUUGUGUUACCAGGAGAUUUAAAAACCAGCUGAGCAUCAAAGCUCCAGGCCCAACCUCAGACGGCAGCACUGGGGCAGAAGAGCCAACUGCCCCCAGAAUCCUGGACGUCUUUAGCUGGAAGCACCACAUCCCUAGGCCUAGUAGAACUCUCCUCCUAAGGGGUGCUUGCCAGCCGAGUCCCAGGCCCCGUGGAACUGCCACUCAACAGAACAGUAGCUCUGUUUGUUAUUAUUCAUGGAGAUGGCUAAGAUUGCUACAGAAUGCCCUUCGGGGGACGGAGAUGUAGCUGGGCAUCGGGCUCAGCUAGCAGAGUGCUUGCCUACUGAAUACAAAAGCCUGGGUUCAGCCCACAGCACUGCACAAGCUAGAUAUGACGGUGCACACCUCUAACUCCAACACUGGAGGGAUGGAAGCAGAAGGAGUCAGAAAGUCAAGGUGCUUCUCAGCUGCAUAGCCAGUCCAAGUCCAGCCUGGGCAGCAUGAGACCCCAUCGCGAAAAGAAAAAAGCAAACCCUCCCCUACAUGAUGGCCUGGCUACAUUAGUGGGAAUGCAGCAGAAGCUAGCAAGAAGUUCAAGUCCCUGACAGACUCGAUGCUACUACACUUCUGUUCGAUUGGCGUGCAGUAAAGCAAUGAUCAGAAUAUCAAAGCCCCUCCACAGCAUGUGGUAAAUAGCCCUGCCCCAAAUGUGUCCCUGGGUGUCCUUUGGUAACCUCAGAAGCCCUGGCCCCUCCACUGGGAAUCCUGUAUCUUCCUGUGAUCCAGUCUGCUGGAGGAGAUACCAGCGCUGUGGCCAUUUCUACCCUCUUGAGGUGUCCAGGACGCAGUGAUUUGGGGACCUAUGGUAACUUGCUCAAAGUCGCCGAGCUCGUAGGUGGCAGUGCUGGGACUAUCUGAUGCUGGGACCUAGGUAUCCAUCAUUUUCCAUACAGUGGCCAGAGAAGCUCCAUUCUGGAAGAACUCACCCGAAGCUGACCUGUUGAAAAGCUGGGACACAUUUGAGCAGGUGAAUUCUGGUUCGAGCCGCCUUGCUGACAGUGAUGGAAACUAAGGCAGUCCUUCCAAACCGCUUUUGAACAACUUCAAGCUAUGUGAAACUCAGUUUGCAGAUCAUUGAGUUGAGCUAAUAAGGGUUGAGGCCAAAUUGGAUCCAUUUCCUGUUGUCAUGAAGAAGCUUCUGUCGUUUUAAACUCCGCGUCCACUGGGCUUAUAGAUACACUACAGUAUCAGAAUUCGAUGGAACCAACGGAAACCCCAAAGCCAAAAGAAUACUUAUUAUCCGACCCUCUUACAGAAAAGUCUGCUGACCCUUGCAUCAAGAUAAACACCCUGGCCACUGGGACAACAAGGUUACAUCCUCCUAAGCAUUUAAGGACAGAAAUCGACUCCCUAGCUAAAGGAGGCAGGGAGAGAUGGGGACUUAAUGACUAUCUAACCCUUUCCUGACACUCAAGGGUUUAAAAUUCCAAGUACUGUAAAUCGCAAGUUGGUUGAUGCAUACAUUUGAUACAAGUCAGAUGAAUUCACCCUCUCAAGCUGACAGGUGAGGGACCAGGAACAUGACCUUGGCUACAGGUGGCCUUGCUGGUUCCCCAACACCAUCUCUACAGCUGUCAUCUCAGCCCCUCAUUGGCCCCCUGGGGUCUCUUGAGCCCUAAUGAGUACUGGUGAGUGAAUGGCUAUGAAACGCGGGCUUUGAAUAAAGGGGAGUGCCCAGUGUUGACUCCAGCAGCUCCCAAUCUAGCGAGCCAUCCUCACUAGGUCUCUGAAAACAAGUUCUCGAGGGUCCCCGGAAGGCUUUGGCUCAGAAGGAUGCAGAGGGAGUGAGAAGCCAGAUUCCACUAAAAGGUAGACGUUUUCUUCAAGUAUGAGGUGCAAGCAACCAAGCCACCCUUACAAUGGAAAUUUCUGAAUUCACUGCAAACAUGUCAAGCUGUCUCACCUGCCACAACAGCUGGUGUCACCCAUCAUGGUAGUCCCCCUUACAAAGCCCAGACUUGGCCUCGGGUUCUUCAUGCAGCUCUUCAGACAGCCUGUCCCAGAUGGAGGUGGCAUGAAAGAUGGAACCUGGUUUACUACCUUACUGCCUUUGUGAACUGGACCAUUGCUUUCCAGCAGGCAGGCAUGGUCCUUAAUAUUCCUUCUCUGAUGCUGUGGUACAGCUCCAAGGAUGCCAGAUUCUCACCUAUCUCCAGCAGAA